UUUAAUUAUAUAUUCAUUUCGACCCAUCUAUCUGUUCUUGGAUUCAUUUAGAAACUCAUACUUCCAUCAUCUUUUUACAGCUUCAUUCACAUACAAUCUUACACCCAUUUCCCUUACGUUUUCUGUCGACUGUCAUCAUACGUCAGAUUCAAAAAGGGUAUUCUUGGAUUUGACUAUUUGUGCUCAUUGAUCAAGAUUAUAUAACCAUGUCAAGAUUGAGAAGAAGAGAUCCUGUGAAGGUGGUGAUUAUCAACACUGAGUAUAUUGAGACAGACGCCAUGAGCUUUAAAUCUGUCGUUCAACGUCUCACCGGAAAAGAUACUCCCUCCCCCUCUCCCAAAAAUAGUUUAUCACACGUUGGUGGUGGCGGCGGUUGUGGCGGCCGUGGUGGUGGUGGUGUGAACUCGCCUAUGUUGAAGAAAGGGAUGUCAUUUAGAGACCUGGAUAAGUUGCUGUUGGAGCUCCCUUCCAUGGAUGAUAUCUAUCAGUUUUGCUCUGAGUUGGAAGGAUUGUAAAGAAACUAUGAUGGGUGACAGAAAUUGAUCGUGAUAAUGAAGUUGAUCUUGUGUUUGUGACUGUUUCGUUUGCAGCAUAUAUAUGUCCAUGAUCUUGCAGCCAUCAACAUGAUCAACACCUAGCUAGACAGAUCUAACACAGUCUUACUUCCA